GACUAGCCAUCUUCUGCCUCGGCCACAGCUUCUGUGCACCUUGGAGUACCUUCAUACCUGCAGAGACCAGCCCACUUUGCAGUCAUGAGAAUCCUUUUCUUCCUCGUUGCUGUUCUCUUCUUCCUCUUCCAGGCUGCUCCAGCUUACAGCCAGGAAGCUGCUGACACCUUGGCAUGCCGGCAAAGCCGGGGCUCCUGCUCAUUUGUCCCAUGCUCUGCUCCUCUGGUUGACAUCGGGACCUGCCGCGGCGGGAAGCUGAAAUGCUGCAAAUGGACACCCAGUUCCUAAAACUGACACCUCACUGGCCACAGAAACAAGAGCUCUGGGCAUCUGUGACAUCUCCCAUCUUUGAACACCAAUGGAUCCCAGCUUCGGUGCAAGCCUGGGGAGCCUUUCCAUGGGGGUGAAGGCCCUUAGGAGCACAAGAAGAUCUGAGGAGGAGUUCUUGUACCCCAAUAAAGAGAUUUGCAUCUUCAAUUCUAAUAAAAGCAAGUCAUUUUGAAACCACA